CUUGAUCCUGGCAAUCAUGGAGUAAAAUUUUUAAUUCAGCUGAAAAGAACAAGGAAACUUUUAUUUUGCUCAAGGUAAGAGAAACAACUCGUGGAGUAGUUUCCUGCUGGUAGAGUCACCUUUUUUACGGGAAACGAUCCAAGAGUUCUGCAUGCUAGUAGGCAGCAGUAGGGUCUGACAGGUUUUGAUUACAGUCAGUUUCCCGUCUGCAGAGUGUGGGAGAGUAUUGCAGAACUCGACGAGAUCUCGCGCGUGCAAGGCCGUUUUCAGGCCCCUCUUACUUAUAUAAUGUUUAAAAAAACUCGCGCGUGCACCUACCAAUACUUUGCAGACUGGAAUUUAUUACUGUGAGUGAGUCAGUAGGGAAGAGGUGCAAGCCCUCUCACGGGGGUACGUAGGGGGUACGUAUGUGUCCUUAGCCUGAAUUUUCAUGGAUUGAGGAGGAAGUAGCCUGCGUAGCGCCGUACUUUCUUGCGCCCACUACUUCCAAGCGCCUGCUACGUAGGCUAAGAGGAAGCCAUGUCCGUGUCGGUAUUUUGCUAUUGUAGUUGCGCUUGUCUUAAUGUCGCAUUCGCAGACCUGCCAACUCUCACGAUUCACCUGCGAGUCUUUUUAACUUUUUGAGUUUUUUAAACUUUUCUCACGGCCUCAUAAUAACACUCACAAUCUCAUGGUUUUUUGGGAAAAAUCAUAUCAUCUCCUUAUAAGCUCUUUCGUUUUUAGUAAGUUAUAUUGUUGCUCAACUGUUUGGUCAAAUACUAGUAAACAUAACAUCAACAAACUUGUGCAGAAUUUUGCUGCCCGUGUUGUUCUUGGCUUCAAAAAGUUUGAUGACAUCUCACAAGGUAUCAAAGCGCUAAAUUGGCUGCCUGUUAAUGGCAGAAUUUACUUGAGCGAUGCAGUGAUCAUGUACAAAUGUAUUAAUAAACCUGUGCAUAACUACCUAUUCGAGAAAUUUACUCUGCGUUCACAAAAUUCUCGGUUUUCACAUGACGUCAUCAAAAUUCAAACUAAGAAACUAUCGAUUCUUCUGAGAUUCUGAGUUUCAUGAGGUAUUACAGCACCUAAACACCUUUAUUUAAACAGAGGUUUGGUUCGAAAGGGUUCUUCGUUUUGCGAUAGAGGACGUUUGAAUUUCUAGGCUUUUGCGUGACGCGGCAUUUAGCUUGCGGCCGGCACGGCUCUUCUGCGCGCUAAAAACAUUACCAGUUUUGGGAGAUUUUGCUAUCUAAACAUUCCUUCUCUCAGAAUAAAUAUCACUUUAAUAGUUUAUGAGUUUUUUAAGCGAUGAAUUAACGCAUUAGUAGGAAAACUCAAAAACAGAUGUUUCUGUUCGUUUCCGGCGGCCAUAUUUGUGCCCCUUAAAGGGACACAAACAUGGCGCCUCCAUACAAAGCUUUAUAAAUUUGGGUAAAACGUUUUCCCUAAUAUCUCGCAUAUGAAAUAUCGCACAGACCUGAUUCUUGGCGAGGUCUUUUGCUUAUUUAUCUUCUUUUAUUUCCAAGAUUCGGGACUUUCUGUAUCGAAUGGUUUGCAAUUUUAUUUUUGAUUGCGUGACAGUGAAAGCCGAGAAUACUAGAAAACGCGACCAACUGAGAUUCCAGGGUGCCGCCUAACCACCGGUCAGCGGUCCUUCACCUACCACGGUGCUAAGCGCCAUGUUAAAUCUUCAGAUUCUUUCAAAGUUUUUAGUAGCCUUGUAACUGACAAACCCUUUUAGGGAGUUACAAUAAAGUAUGUAUUUAUUUAUUCUGAAAUGAAAUGAAAUGUUACCUUGCUGAAUAAAAUGGAAAAUUCAAUGGGGAAUUCUGGUGCCUGUUCAAGCCUUGUUGCGACUUGUCUAUAAACGGCGGUCAUGUUGAAACGCAGACCAUGCAGACUGCAGACUGCAGACUGUGCAGACUGAGUGUCAUUUUUUUACUUGUACCAUAAUUUUCUAGUAAAAUGUUUACUACAAUUUCCUUCUUCCUCUCAUUAUGUUCACUGUGCAUCACCAUCAUAUGUGCACUGAUGUGUACCUGCGAGGGUCAUGGGUAGGAAAUGAGAAAAUCACGGGCAUAUAUAUGGAAUUUUUAGUAUUAAAACCUUCGAGCCUUAUUAAACAUGAGUUCAAAGAUUUUUCAGAAGAAUGACUGCAGUUUGGACAGUGAAAACCCAACGUAAAUGCAUUUCAUCGCAUUUACAUGUAGAGAAUGGAAGCCUAACAGUCUAGGACGAUAAGGUACAAACUCGUCUGCGAGCAAAACGUGUUUUGUUACCGCGAUGUUCGCUCAUAUGUUUAUAAGGCUAAUUAUCCAAAAUCGCUUCCAUUUGCUCUUAAAGAACUUUAGCAUUUGAAAUUCAUUGACUGAUGUUCUCUCUACUCCGCUGUUUGUUGGUACCAUCUCCAUCCAUCUUUGUUGCUUGCGCCGUUGAAUUUCAACUCGGCGGCUUCGCUCCAGAGGAUUUUUCGGUGUCAAAUCUUCCGCUGCGAGGAUUGACAAUUCGGCGUUCUUGUGUUUGCUGUUCUGUUUGCAUGAGAAAUGGCUUGAGAUUCACCGAUGGUAAACAUUGUUUUGCAGACGAUGAAAACACAGCUCUUCAUGAGUGCUUUGGUCAUUGAUGGGAAUUUGAAAUUGCUUUCAGUCGAAUGUUGUCUAGAAACAAAAAUGCGCCGUGACGUCAACUACUGUAUGACGUCAUGACGGACACCAUCGGAUUUUUACAAGUAAAGAUGAAACCCGCAACUUUGCAGCUCGCUAGGACCCACGCGCGGUUCACACACUGCGCUUCGCGCGCGACGAGAUUGUAAACUCACUAUUGUAUUGCUAUAUUCUCGGCGGCAAUAUUAUUGGUACACCAAAUCAGUACACCAAUAUGGCGUCUCCAUACAAAGCUCUACAAGGGUGCGUAAAACGUUUCGGCAAAUAACUCAGAAACUAAGAGCCACAAAGACCUGAGACUUGGACAAAUUGUUUAUAUAUUAGUCUUUUAUAACAUUUCAUAUUCUUGGCUUCUUCCACUGGACGGUUUCCAAUUUAUUUUUUUGUUGCGUGACAGUGAAAACGGUCUAUAUUAUAAUUAUUAUAUCAAAAGCCUUGUAUUCGUUUUCAUAUAAAAACUUAUCAUUAUUUGAAGCUAAGCUGAAGAAAUAUUUCUGCCUUCCUUCCCAGAAAAUAGAUCCAUGAGUACGCAUCAUAUGCACAUUCAUUUCAAAUCUUGAAAAGUACCUUUAAAUACAGACUUUAACUUUUAUUUUGAUAAAUUAUUCCUCUCUAACCACUCUUUGACAAAUUCCUGCAAUUUUCCUUAAAAAUAUGUAGUCUUAAAGUCCGCAACCAUUUCGUAAACCACGCGAAAAAUAACUGGUACUUCGCAAAAUCAAAGAGAGGAUAUUUUUUAUUUGCCCCACCCCCCUUCCCUCCUGGACAGGACUUCUGCAAACAAUUCCCUACUCCCAGGCCUGAAGGGCUAGACUUGUCCCAGGGAGGAUGGUAACAAGUAAAAUUGAACCAUGCAUAAAACAAGGUAGUAUUUUAAUAAAUACUUAUCCCCGCCUCUCCCCAAAUCUUGAUCAGGAAAAAACAGAAUUUCACGUACUUUUUGUAGAAUCUCCAGUUUUUUUUUUUUUUCAUGAGUCUUGUACAGUACCGCAAAUGAUCCCCAACCACAAAUGAUCCCGAGACCGCAAAUGAUCUUCGACCGCAAGUGAUCCCCAAAGUUGACCGCAAAUCCUGUGAAAACUUGAGGAAUGGAAUGGAAUGGAUUUUAUGGGACUGAUUACAAAAACUGCCGAAAACGCGUGUCAUGACCUCUCAGUAUGAAAUAAGCGGCAAAAAUCACAUUUGCUCAGACAAAACGUUUUCCUUCAGAGGUAUAAUCUACCCGCCAGAGAGAAAAUUCACUGGAACAAGCAGCAUUUUGGCAUGAGGUAAAAGUCGUUUGUUGCCUACCGACUUCGUUUUAACACUUGAAUGAUUUUUUCAUUUAGUUUUAAUUCAUGUAUUUAUUUUAGAACUGAAAUUUAGCGUUUAAUCUUACUUUUUGUAAUAAUAAUAAAAUAGACACGAUGAUCCGCUAACUCGAGUCUAAGCCAUUCCUAUUUUUCUUUCGGGAUCAUUUGCGGUCAACUUUGGGGAUCACUUGCGGUCGAGGAUCAUUUGCGGUCCAUUUUGGGAAUCAUUUGCGGUCUCGGGAUCAUUUGCGGUUGGGGAUCACUUGCGGUACUGUACAGUCUCCCAGUUUUUCUUGGCAGGUCUGCUUUUGCAGUGUCAACCCAUCUUGUUGUUGUUUGUUGCCAUUUCAUCUGUCUGGCGGUUGCAUCAUACAAAGAUCUUUGUGGAGUGCCAGGACUGACAAACCCUUCAUUCCAUGUACUUUGGUGGCUUUAGUUUUGAGGAGAUGGGAAGGGAAAUGGAGAGUGCUCCUGUUAACACCCUGGGUUAAGAAUAGUUUGUGCUGUGAAUGUUCUCAAACUUUGACUGACUAAAUUGAUACAAUUUUUAGGCCCAAAUCUUAAAAAGGCCAGACUAUUUUAGUAAGUGAAAACUAACAAACAGAAUUUUUUGCCAGGGGUAUCAGUUGUCUCAAACAGUGCUCAAGAGUAUGAAAUGUAGCAUUUUGACUAUCUACAGCUGUAUCAUUCUCACAACAAAAAGAAACAUAAUGACUCUCUUGAAAUCACAAGUUCUUUAGACAUUCUUAUCACUCAUGAUGUAAAUAUACAUGUAAGUAUACAUGUAAGUUGGAGUUGUAGUUACAUCUAUGUGUAUUCCUCACCUUGAGUUGAUUGUUGACUGAAAAUUAAUGAUAAACCUUUUAGGUAUUGCGGGUUCAUCAAAGCAUGCACUUAAAGUGCUGAAAAACGGCUGAAAACUAUUGUCCUCCAGCCACCCUUCAACAAAUACACUAUUUAUUACAAAUGAUUGUCAUUGAUUUCUAAGUGUGUGUCUCUUCUGAAAUAUCACUUUCAAUUGCUUAGAGUUUAUCCUUUACUGGAAUACUUGGCUGAGAAAACCAGCAGGUCCAUUAUACAACAGUGAUGCCAUGGUAUAAUGUGAAAGUAGUAGGUAAGCAAAGAGAUAAUUGGGUAGCCUGCGUAGCAAGCGUUUCCGUUUGGUUUCGGAGCAAAGAAAUACCGAGGAAGGGGACUUUCGGUUUUGACCGCGCGAGAAAUGAAACGAGAGCCAAAAAGUGAAAGAGGGAGGAGGGGGAGGGGAAGGAAGGAAACGCUUGCAGACAAACCCCUCGAUUUUGAAAACCUGCGUUCGCCAGCGAACGCAGCGCCUGAUUGGCUCAGCUAGUCGAACAAUGUUGACAUGUGUCGAUCAAAGCUUUGUUUCAUACUGAGAGGUCAUGUUUGGUACGUGACACGCAUAUUAAUUUUCUGUGGUUAUUGUUUAUUCUGGUCGGCCUGCAUUGAUCGUUCGGAUUCAUUGAGAUUUCACCAUUAACGCCGUCCACGCGCUCCAAAAUACAAAAAAAAAUAUUUUGGUUUCAAAAACGCCUCCUCUAAAGUUCAUUUCCGCUCCACGGAAGGCCAAACAUUUUAUUGGUCAAUUAUGGCAGUUGAUGACAGCAUCAAAUGUCGGUUCGCGAACUCAGGCGUGACAGACCAAGUGGGUGGUUUUCAAAAUCCCGGGGUUUGUCUGCAAGUUUCCUUCCUUUCUUCCCCACCCCCUCCCCGCUCUUUUACUUGCGCCACUUUUCUCGCGGUCUUUGACUCUCGUUCCUCGUUCUUUUCGCCUAAACCGCACAGAAACGCUUGCUACGCAGGCUAAUAAUUGGGCUACAGAUUUUUUUCCUAGGAUGUAGCUAGUGUAUUUAAAUUGAUUAUUUUUGUUGAACUAACUGUUAAUUUUCUGAAAUUAUAGAUAAGUGGCACAAAAUUGAGCGGCUAUACAUAACAGUCUUGUGACCCUAAUCUGUGGCAGUAUAGGCCAUAAAGUUUUUUUGGAUGAUGAAGUUAUGAAUUUUGAAAAUCAUGUAUGUGAACUGCGGGGUGAAGAAUUAUAUGAAAGAUGAUCAUCGCAGUUAUAGAUGCAACUUUAGCAGUUGCUAAAAGAAAGCCUGAGAAAAAUGUACAGGAUUCGAACCCUUGUCAGUUAUGAUCUUAGUGAUCAGCAUGCAGAUAAAGGCAGGAAAUACUCUCGGGGCGGGGGGGGGGGCGGGGGGUACAGCCAUAUAUACAGUUUUCAAGCAGUUUACAUAUAGUCUGGAAUAGUCAAUGGCAUAAAUCCCGCAAGUUUUUUUUCGGUAGCACUAAAACAUGGAACCCGGAAACGGAAACGGAAAUGGAAUACAGAAUCCGUGAAAGAAGGUUCCAAGGGAUCGAUUUGAAAAACAAUAUAUCAGCAAUGACAAUAAAAUAAAUAAACAUAUAAAAAAAAGGCAUAAAUGAAUAAAUUAGCUGAGUAGAGGAGACGGCUGUAUCACUAGAGGAGUCGAUUCCGGUGAAAAGACUCUUGAUACCACUUCCGGCAAUGAAUGCGAAUUCUCAUGGUAGAGCAAAGCGAGGAGAAAAACGUCACUGACAAAAACUAGUUCCUUAAGAAAAAGGUAAGUUAUACGGAGACACACUUUGUUUAAAUCGACAGAGGCGUCGUUUAUACCUGAAAGGCAUCGCCGUCAAGUUUUUCCUGAGUGUCUUUUCUGGGUUGUCUUCAGCAGCGUUCAGUUUUAUUUAUCACGACUUACUCAAGAGAACCAUGACAUUGUGGAGUCCGGCGGGGGUGGGGGGUACUGCCAUGUAUAGGCUAUACAGUAUGUGCCGCUGUGCAGGGUAAUGGUUCUCAAGCAGUUUACUCUGGGAUAGGGUAUAUAAAUCAGAGAAUUUAGGUCUAGAAUAGGGUAUCAUUUUCCAGGAAACUGAUCAAUUGGUUAAAGAUUUUAGUCUAGACUUGGAAAACCGGGAAUUGCCACUCAAAAACAUGAAAAAAUCAAAUCGGUUUUGUUUUGGCUGGACUGUGUUUGUGACCUCAGUAGUUUCUGGAAAACAGCUACUCUGGGGUAAGGGGGAUUUUAAGAGUUUAGUCUAGUAUAGGGUAAUUGCUAUAACAUUCACUGGAAUGAGCUCUGGUAUAGGCUAAGGGUUCUAGGCUCCCAGCAGCUCAUCCCCACCCAAAAAUUCUAAAGUACUUCCCCCUCCGGGUGUGGAGUCUAGAGAGAAGAGAGAAUUGUGCAUGCAUUUCCUUGAUUCCGCAACUGAUUACAUCAAAAUAAUGCGCCAUGUUCUAUAGUAAGCCUCUUCAACAAAAAUACGGACGUCGACGUAAACUCAAUCACUGGUACACCAGUACGCCAUCAGUAUUCAGCUUCGGACAUGUGUUGAGUAUUCAGUUUGGGGACAAUCACGGGGUGUAGUCUGAGGCCAACUACUACUAUUCUUGACAUUUAGCCACAAAGGUAAUAUUUAACUGUAUUAUUCAGUCCAUAAACUCAUUAAUAAAAAUUACUCGUAAAAUUACUUUCGUCGGCCUUGCAGUGCAAUAACCCACACUACAGCAAACCUUAUGAAAACUAAACAAAUUCUCUUGGAUUGUACUAAAUUAUGUAAUGUGAAAUUCAUGGAAAUUCUUUAAUUUUCUAUCAUUGAUAUGUGAUUCCGUAUUCCUUUUCCGUUUCCGUUUCCGUGAUUCCGUGUUUUAGUGCCGCCGGAGUGCAGUCGAGACAGUCGAGAUUUCUGUGUUGAAGUGGAAGGUUGGUGGUGCUGGUUUAACUUCAAAAUGAAGCAAGAUUCUUGCAUGAAAGCAAGGUAAAACAGAGAAAAUGGCCGCCAAAUUUGAUUUGCUUCACAUGUCUUGCACAGGUAGCCGAAUUAAAGUACACAGUUAGACUUGCGGUUAGCCUGCAGUGCAGGCGUUUUCUUUGAGUGCGCAAUUUGCUCGCGAAAGAGCCAUGUUGAAACUUCCCGAAGAGAGGAGGAAAUGGGGCACCUACCGUACUGACCGUAAGGGUCACUAUUUCUACUCUCCCCAAUCUUCCACUGUCAUAAAAUCAAAGAUGGCGGCUACAACAACAUUACGAAGACGAACAAGGUUUCGCCCACCCAAAAUACGCCUGCACUGCAGGCUAGUCUCCAAUUUGUUAAUUAACAAUUGGGCUAUUAACUUAGAGGCCAUGAGGGCGAGAGGAAUAUUAAAUUGUUUUAGUAAAAUCUAACUAGUUGGUCAAAACUAUCGAGACAAAACAACUUUAUCCAUUAUUGAAUAGUCCGAGAACAAUUACAUGAAAGUUAAUUUGACAAAAACAUGAGAACUGCUUUUACGACGGGGAAGACUUGCCUAGUCCCUAGGCCUCAUUAUUGUGCGCGGCCGAUGCGUUUCGGGUCACGUGGUCCGAGAAUGUUUUUGAGGCCUAGACAAACUCGGAGAAGUGAGACAGUUUGUCUCACUUGGGGCGGAGCUUUUGGAAGCGGGCGAGCUGUCAAUAACUUUUCCGCGCUGAUGAAAGAUGUCCAGCAGCCAUGGAGAGUACGGAACCGAGCAUUUUUAUUCUAUGCACGUUUUCAUUCUUGAACGUCCUUUGGCCUUUCUUUUUCAUUUAUCUCAUUAAACUAAUUUGAACUUUUUUUCAUCUCAAAAACUAUUUGUAGGCUAAGCAAAACAGCGUCGCAAAAAAAUUAUUUGAUCAAGAAUCGGAAGGUAAGCUAAAGAAAUAAGCUUAUAUUUAUUCUUGGAUAUGAAAAGCUAUCUUCCGUUUCUCUAUUUUCGCUGGCUACUAUGAAUUUCUCGUUCUCAUUUCACUUCAAAAUGUUUUAUGUAAUUUAAUUUUUGGAUUUGGAAGCUUAUCAAACUAAUCGGACAGGCUGUUGAAUUUGGUCUCUAAAUUUUGUGGAAUGUCAACAAACUACUGUUUCAAAUCUUUUUAUCAAUAAAGAAAUAUCAUUUUAAUGGUUCAUUUGAAAAUGAACUAUAAGAGAAAUUACCUGCACGUUAUACAGUAGUAUUCUUUCCAAUUCAAAGUAAUAUUUUUGUUCUUUAAUAAGAGAAACCAGGUUAGUUAUUUUUGUAAUAGUGUCAAUAGUGCCGAUCUUUAAGCGAAAGAUAUUCUCACGCGCAAAGCUAUUUACAGAUUAUUUCAGUUGAACGUGUGAACUUUAAUGCUCACGCAUGCGCACUCCGAGAUUGUCUAGGCGUCUCCCGGCCGUUCGUCUCGGAUACGUCACCGAAAUGCAUUGACCGAGAGGGCCUCGAAAGACGCCGUACAGGGACUAGGCAAGGGGAAGACUACCAGGACGCCUCCUGAACCACUGGAGAUCAUAGGGAGGAAUGAGAAACUGAAACUGUUGGGCGUUACCUUUGAGCAAGUGCCAGUUAAUUGGGACAUUCAUAUUGAUUAUUUACUUAGUAAGGCUAGCAGUAGGUUGUAUAUUAUAAGAAUAUGUAAAUAUUAUGGCUACUCUUUUGAGAAUUUGGACAUACUUUUUCAAAGUUUGAUCCUUUCAGUCUUCACAUAUACUAUUGAGGUCUGGAGGUGCGCUUUUUAUAGUAAACAUUUAAGUAGAAUUGAUAAACUCUUUGCCAGGUGUUAUAAGUUAGGUUACUGCUUAAAGCAGCACAGUAUCUUGGACAUUCAUCGUAAUAGAGAUAUAAAAUUAUGGCGAAGGUUCUGUUUCACCAACACUGCGUUGAGCGAUCUCUUACUUCCCCAGAGAACACGGCAGAUGAGAACUAGGUCGCAUAAUUGUAUUCUACCUAAUGUCCGGACAAGUCGUUUUAAAUCAGUUUUUAUUAAUAGAUGUCUGUUUAAUAGUAACUAAUAUUUAUUUAGUCGUUUUCCUUUUGUAUUUUUUCGCUUUCCUUUAUUCAUUUUAUUGCCAUGUAAAUUGCUGCACAUCUGUUUGCGCAAUGAAUUAUUAAGAAAGACCUUUAUUAUUAUUAUUAUUAUUAUUAUUAUUAUUAUUAUUAUUAUUAUUAUUAUUAUUAUUAUUAUUAUUAUUAUUAUAGAUUAAGCCUGGGUACUGAAGAUUGUAUUGUGUAACAGUUGUUCGUUCUCUGCUUUUCAUUUUGAUUUCACAGGU